GCCAGCAGAAGCGUCUGCCUCACACUUUUCCCCCACGUUCAGUUCCUGGUUCAUUUUUCCUGUUUGCGAGUCAAGCGAGUGUUCGUCACUUUUGUCUUUCUCUGCGGGAUUAAAAGCGGCAAACAUCUUUUUGUUUCGCGCUGACAUCAUGAACUUGUUUUUAUUCUUUCUUCUGGUCGUGCAAAUGCACAGCGUGACGCCUGUGAUUCACACGCUGCAGUAUUUCUACACUGCGUCCUCUCAAGUUCCAAACUUCCCAGAGUAUGUGGCUGUUGGUUAUGUUGAUGGAGUUCAGAUUGUUCACUAUGACAGCAACAGCAGGAAAGCAGAAGCCAAACAGGACUGGAUGAACAAAAUCACAGCAGAGGAUCCAAAAUACUGGCAGAGACAAACAGAGAUCAGUGUUGGUAAUGAGUUGAGGGCUAAACACAACCUUGAAGUUCUUAAGAAGCUUUUCAACCAAACUGGAGGUGUUCACAUUCUCCAGUGGAUGUUUGGAUGUGAAUGGAAUGAUGAGACUGAUGAAGUUAAAGGUUGGGAUCAGGAAGGUUAUGAUGGAGAAGAUUUCAUAUCGUUGGACAUGAAGACAUGGACAUUUACUGCAGCAAAACAACAAGCUUUCCCCACCAAACUCAAUUGGGACCAGAACAAACAUCUACUAGAAGACAUUAAGUUUUACUACACUGAGGAAUGUCCUUCUUACUUGAAGAAGUAUGUGAACAAUGGGAAGGAGGUCCUAAUGAGAACAGAGCUUCCAGAGGUGUGCCUGCUCCAGAAGACGCCGUCCUCUCCGGUCAGCUGCAUGGCGACAGGUUUCUACCCCGACGGUGCCGACCUGUUUUGGAGGAAAGACGGCAAGCAGAUCUUCGAGGACGUGGAGCACGGAGAGAUACUCCCCAACCACAACGGAACCUUCCAGAUGUCGGUGGCGCUGAAAGUGGAGGUGACGGCCGACGUGGAGGGCAAGUACGAAUGUGUGUUUCAGCUGUCAGGCGUCAAGGAGGACUUGUUCACCAAGCUGGAGAGAAGAAGCAUCCCGAGCAACGCAAUGAAGAUGCUGGUCCAGGUGAAGUACAACCAACAGCAGAAGUAUGUGAAGCUGGAUGACGUUGAGGGACAGUUUGACUUUCUCCAAUUCCAUGGAAAAGUCAUUGAGAGAUUUUGCCUGCCACCCGAUGCAAGCAUUAUGUACAAGGAUGCAACAGGGACAGAAGUUGAUGCGGAAAUAUUCAGCGACCUGGUUGGACAAGGCAAUGUGGUGCUGACAAUAUUCUCAAGCCAGGAAUUUUCAGACCUGUCCUUGUCCUCUGCAUCUGAGAUCUCUGACUCUAGCUUCAACUCAAGCGGAACUCUUACCAUGGGUGAGAUCCCUCGCAAGAGACAGCGAAAAGAGAAUAAGCAUGAUGCAACAUCAGCUAAACAGAUGCCCGUGUACACUAACAAUCUGAUUGGUGAGGCAGAACUUGAUAAGUGGCCUUACCUCCAAGGCAUUAAAAUUUCUCGGAUAACUGCCAACGUGGACCUGUUAAUUGGUACCAACGCCUCCAAGUGA